AUGGCAAUGCUAAUGGCAGUAAGAGCAACUGUUUUAAUGUUGAAAUGGCUGGUGUUAAGACUGAUGUGUCUAGCGGAUCUAGAGUUUGAUUAUAUCAACCCUUAUGACUCUUCAAACCGGAUAAACAGAGUGAUUCUGCCUGAGUAUAUUGCAGAAGGAGUUCUAGGUGCCUUCUUUCUUCUAACAGGGCAUUGGUGCAUGUCACUGUUUUGUGGUCCAUACCUCUACUAUAAUGUGAAACUGUAUAUGAGAAAGCAGCACCUGGUAGAUGUUACUGAGAUAUUCAAUAUGCUUCACAAAGAAAAGAAGAUCCGGCUUUUCAAACUCUUCUAUCUUGUUUUCCUCCUGUUUCUCUCGAUAUUCUGGUACGCGGCUCAGAAAGUUGCACUUCUUCUUUCAACUGUUCUUUUUCUGGACAACGGCUGCCUUAACGGAUUGUCUGAAUGGUUGCCACUAAUUGCUGCUCCUUAUCAAGAUUAUUGCCACCAAAUUAUGGCUGAUGUAGUUUGUGGGAGAUGGGUCAAGGGUUGUAUGAUUGUGUGGGAUGAUUGGCAGGUUCAAGCAAAUCUAAACUCGUGGGAUAAUAUUACGUGA